AUGUCUGUUUUCAACCGAUCAGUUCCUGGACAUCCAAAACGAUGGGGUGAUAGCGGGAAGCCAUGCAGAAGCCAGCCAACAUGGAGAGAUUGCACGCGAUCUGUACACCACAAAUCGUUGAUGGUUUUUGGGGCGAUCACAUCGGACUUCAAGAUGCCAAUGAUUUUCGUGGAGAAAAGGGUGAAGGUGGAUGGCAGAAACUACUUAAAAGGCGUGUUGGAGAAGGAGGAACUCUCCUGA